GGAGGAAAUCGAUGGGAACUGUCAUAGAUUGUUUACAAAGGCAAAAUGAAGGUCGUCCUGAUACUGUCAGUGUUAUGGGUAUGUGUGGAAAACGUUUACACCUGUACAUGUGUCGAUAUUCCGACAAAUGGAUGCAAUUCGGAUUAUUCAAUUCUAGGUACUGUCAUAGGAGUGAUUCCACUUGGAACACCACCGAAUGAUGCCAGAAUUUACAAUGUCUUAGUGAACAGGAUCUAUAAGGCAAAUCGACCGCUCCUUCCAUUAGUGCGAAUUCGUGCUUAUGUUGGAGGAUCGUUAUGUGGUCUACUGUUGGAUCGAGGAAGACAAUAUGUGAUAUCCGGAUCUUUUGAUAACGAUAACGGUACUAUGAGGACAAACCAUUGUUUAUACACCCGACUUUUGACCGAAAUUCCUUUUCGUGAGAGGUGGAAUCUAUACUGCUACAAUCAACGCAGAGAAAGUUAUCCUCAAAGAAAAAUCCAAGCGAGAUAAAAUGUCUCUAUUUUCCAGAAUAUAAACAUUCAUCAUUAAAUCUUGCUUUAUGAAACUGUUGAUUUUUGUCCCCCCCCCCCCCCACUUUCGUUUCCAUGCGAUAUCUCGAACAUCUUUUGCA